UUGGUGCCGAACUCUCUUGUUCGGAUUCUUGGUCAACGGGUCGAAGGAGGGAGCCAAGCCGCCAGUAUAAUAUGUAAAGCCCUGCGCGUCCCACGCGGGCCGGCCAUCUGAUCUGUUCACCUGUACCAUUCUCAGUCGUCCCGUCUCUCGUUGGUGUUCCCUGCACGGUUUCUCAGCCUCUCAUUCGCUUCUCGUUCCUAUUUACUAUCAUUCUUCUUGUUGAUAUUUUGCUGGUACAUAACAUUACAAUCCCUGGCCCAAAAUGAAGUCCUUCACCAAAGCCCUUUCCCUGGCAGCCGGCCUGUCCUUGUCCUUUGCCAGUCCCACCCCGGCCGUCUUCCCGAGACAGACCAACAGUUCUAAGAACCUGAUAGUCUUCGGCGACUCUUACUCUACUGUUGGCUUCUGGCCCGGCGGCACCCUCCCGGCUGCCGGAAACCCGCUCGGCAACCCCUCCCUGCCCGGUCAGACCACCUCUAGCGGCCUGAACUGGGUCGGCCAUCUCACGAGCACCCUCAACACAUCGACCAUCUUGACCUAUGACUUUGCCGUAACCGGCGCCACCACCGACAAGGAUAUCGUCGACACUUACGCCCAAUACUGCGUCGACGACCAGGUCGACCAAUACAAGCAGUACGUGUCUAGCGUCGUCAACAAGGACAACGCUCUCGUCGCCGUCUGGAUCGGCAUUAAUGAUGUCGGCGAGCCGUUCUGGGAUAAGGUGUCUGCACCCGUCACCAACAUUAUGGACCGCUACUUUGAGCUCCUUCAGACUCUCGCCGAUGAUGGUCUGAAGAACUUUGUCCUGCUCUCUGUGCCUCCCUUCUCUGACCAGAUUCCCGCCAUGAUCGGCCAGUCCGAGACCGACCUUGCCCGCCUGCGCUCCGAUAUCACCUCGUACAACGACGCCCUCGAGACCCGCCUCGCUACCUUCAAGUCCGCCAACAGCGGCGUCAAGGGUCUUGUCUUUGACACCAAGCCUUCCUUUGACACCGUUGUCGAGAACUUUGCGCAAUACGGCGCCAAGGAUGCUACCUGCUACGGCUCCAGCGAUUGCAUCUGGGCCGACAAUUACCACGCCGGUUUGGCUAUCCACAAGCUUCUUGCUCAGAAUUUGGUCAAGGGUGUUGCUGCGAACUUUAUCUUUUAAGUACGUAGUCUUUUGUCAGAAAAAUGUUGAACAGGAUUCGAAAAUUUGAAUACAUAUAGGCUCUCACAGCUUUCAUUCAGUCUCACCUUGACUUGCCUUGCAUCGAAUUACAAUCAAACCUAAUCACUGCAGAGAUAGUUUCAGCCAGCAAAGACUCAUGAUGACAGACAUCUCGUCGCCAAGGUGAAGCAGAGCAUAAGGUACUGAGCCUCAAACUCAGAAGGCUGGCUCCAGACAUCAGUCCAGGGUUCAAGUAAGAACCUGCUAAACAAGUCCUUUCCUUCAGAUAGAACGCGUGCAAGCUCUGCUGCUUUGUAGUGCAACACGAUCCCAUGGAAUGAGUUGAGUCAUCGGAGGUAAAUUCGAGCUUGUUCACGUAAAGUGAAGCAUUAGACUGUCAUCAAAGA